UUAAAUUAUAAUUCUACUUGUACGCAUGCAUAUCAAAUCACAAACACAUUCUCAACAGCCUCAAUUACCCAACUCAUCCACUCAACCUUCAAGAUUGCACCACAAGCAUAAAUAUACAAUGUCAUCUCACAGCAACCCAAACCUUAGGUCAAGUCCCCCCAAACGCAAAAUGGCCCAAAACUCAUCCGACCGUCUCUCCAAAAUACCGAAGCUUAAGGUACCAACAAGUACUCCUACCGACCCUUCUCAACCGAGCCAUUCUCGCUCUAGAAACGUCCCGCAGCCUAUUUCCACGAAAGAUAGCAAACAACACCGUCACCAUCCACACCAAGGAUUCAUUCACCCACCUCACGAUUCUACCUUGUUUUCUCCAACAAAUAUGAGUACUACUCCAUUGAACCUAACUCAAAGUGAAGCUCCCGGCGUGAUCCCACCCUUCACAUCACCCACAAUCCCCCAACCACACAGCCAACCAUUUUCAGAUCAGGAUACACCGAGUGGGACGGAAGAUGCGGCGGGAUUAGGCGCACCACCAAAUCUGGCAAGUGAUUUGGAAGUAGCGUUAAUGGAGGAAGUGGAGAAGAAUCCGGAAUUAGCGGAUGGACUCAGGAUUGAGGAUUUAGCUGAGAGGAGCGACGGAGGAAGUAAUCUGACACCGGGGGAACUAGGUGUUGAUAUUGAUGUGGAUAUUGGUCAGGUUGACGAGGAUGAAAUAACAUGGGAGAGUGAUGAGGAGGAAGAAGAAGAAGAAGAAGAACACCCAAAUGAAGAAAAAGACGAAGAAUACAUCGAUUCAUCUAAUUCCUCCGCAUCAUCCGAUUCGGGAUACGAUGAUACGACCGCGCUGCAAAAUCCCGAUAUGAAUAUGGAUAUGGGGCCGGAGUAUGAUGAGGGUUACGUGGAGGGGGGAGAGAGUUAUAAUGGUGUUGGGGCUACGGACGAAAUUGAUUGGAAUGAUUUGUCGAAUGAUAUUGACGUGGAUCCUUAUGCGGGGAAUUUGAAAUCGGCAAAGGUUCCCGGGGGAAGUGAUACGCAAAUGGGUGGUGGGAGUGUGGAUAGGGAGUGCGAUGAUGGGGAUGCGGAGCGGGAUGGAGUGGAAGCUUUGGAGCCUGAGGUGGAUGAGGCGGUGGAUGCGUAUGAGGGCAUUGAUGGGGUGGGGAAACGUAGUGAGGAUGAUGUUUGGUGGUGAUUUAAGAUUAAGAUUAAUUGCUUGGAUUCUUGAAAGUGUAUUGCAAUUUGUUGGUGGAAUAUGAGGCUUGGGAAAGCUUUUCAAUUGGAGGUGGAAAAGCCUAGGUUGAAGAGCGAUAUGGAGUGAGUGUACAAAGAAUGUCUCGUGAGAAUUAAACC